CGCAGCGGCCUCUCCAAGCGGUCCCUGGCUUCUCGGCGGUCGUCGCGCAGAUCAGACGACUUUGAUGGCGCGGCGCUCGUCUCGGGCCUCGAGGGCCGCUUUGGCAUGCCCGAGGCUCUCCUGUCGAGCGUUGUCCUCGACGACCAAGACUUGACCGACGAGGACGGGCCGUUGCUGGGCGACGCCUCUUCAGCCUCGUCCUCGACCGAGAUCCCGGACCGAGAGGCCGACGAGAACUCGCCCAACGAGAUUGUUCGAGCUUCCGUGUCGCCAAUUGACGAUACCACGCUCUCAAUAAACACCCCGCGCAUGUGGUGCCUGUCCAUCCUCUUCUCCAUCCUCGGCUCCUCCACCAAUCUGUUUUUUUCUUUGAGAUACCCCAGCGUUGCCAUCACUCCAGUUAUUGCCUUGUUGCUCGUCCACCCUCUGGGACACUUGUGGGAUUACUUGCUAAAGCGGUCGUACGACCCGGAGGAGGAAUUCACCGACGGCGUGCGAACUGCCGUAUCGUCUCAUGGCCACAAUGGCCACGGCCAAAAGAAGUUUCUCACGUCGUUGCGCCUGUGGCUCGCCCAGGGGAGAUGGAACGAAAAGGAACAUACCUGCGUCUACGUGAGCAGCAAUGUGGCUUUUGGCUUCGCCUUUGCCACCGAUGUCAUUGUCGAGCAGACGCAAUUCUACAACCAGGAAGCGCCCAUCGUCUACCAACUGCUCCUGACCAUCUCCACGCAGAUUCUCGGCUACGGCUUCGCAGGCAUGGCCCGCCGGUUCCUGGUCCGUCCCAGCGGCAUGAUAUGGCCCGGAACCCUCAUGUCCGCCGCAAUGUUUUCCACCCUCCACAAGCAGGAGAACAAGCCCGCCAACGGCUGGACCAUCAGCCGCUGGAAGUUCUUUUACAUCGUCUGGACCGGCGCCUCCCUCUUCUACUUCCUGCCGGGCCUCUUGAUGCCGGCUCUCAGCUACUUCAACGUCAUUACGUGGUUUGCGCCAAAGAGCGUCGUCCUCGCAAACCUGUUUGGCGUUUCCUCCGGCCUCGGCCUCUUCCCAAUGACUUUCGACUGGGCCCAAAUCACCUACGUCGGCUCGCCUCUCCUGGUGCCCUUUUGGGCUGCCAUGAAUGUCAUUGGCGGUCUCGCCAUCGUCAUGUGGAUCAUAGCUCCUCUAUUCUACUACAGCAACGUCCUCUACGCAUCCUACAUGCCCAUCCUUUCAACCGCCGUUUUCGACAACACGGGCAAAGUCUACGACGUCAGCAAAAUCCUGACGUCCAGCUUCCUCUUUGACAGAGAGGCCUACUCCAACUACAGCCGGGUUUUCCUCCCCGUCACUUACAUGCUCAGCUACGGCGUGCAAUUUGCCGGCCUCGCCGCUCUCCUAACACACACCCUCUGCUGGCAUGGCCAAGACAUCUGGCGCACUUGGAAAAAAUCCCUAGUCGAGGCGCGAGGGCAGGGCAAAGAAGGAUAUCAGCACGUAUCAGACUCUACCGACCACCUUCCAGCAGGCGUAACGCAGCCUCAGGGCACCCCUCGAGUCUCCUCGUCAGGGUCCCACAUAGAAGGCCUCAUGAGCCACGAAGACAUCCACAGCCGUCUUAUGAAGCGAUAUAAAGACGCUCCCAUCAGCUGGUACCUCCUCACUUUCAUCUCCAUGGCCGCCAUUGGCAUCUUUGUCGUCGAAUACUAUCCCGUCCACCUCCCCUGGUACGGCCUCCUCCUCGCCCUCGCCAUCGGCGCCAUCUUCUUCAUCCCCAACGGCAUCAUCAUGGCCAUCACCAACCAGCACAGCAGCAUCUACCUCAUCUGCCAGCUCAUCUGCGGCGUCGCCUUCCCCGGCCGCCCCAUUGCCAACAUGGUCUUCGUCACCUACGGCUACAUCUCCUCCGCCCAGGGCAUCAAGUUCGCCUCGGACCUCAAGCUCGGCCACUACAUGAAGAUCCCGCCGCGCAUCAUGUUCCUCGUCCAGAUCGUCGCCACCCUCGUCUCCUCCGUCACCCAGAUCGGCGUCCUCAACUGGAUGUUUGCAAACGUCCGCGGCAUCUGCACCCCCGACGCCGUCAACGGCUUCACCUGCCCCAUUGCCCGCGUGCACUUCAACGGCUCCAUCCUCUGGGGCGUCGUCGGCCCCGGCGAGUUCUUCGGCUCCUCCGCAAUCUACCGCUCCCUCGUCUGGUGCUUCCCCCUCGGCGCCUUCCUGCCCAUCCCGCUGUGGCUCUACAGCCGCCACAAGAAGCACAGCCUCCUCCGCAAGGUCAACCUGCCCGUCAUCUUCGGCGCCAUGGGCUGGAUCCCCCCCGCCACGGGGCUCAACUUCUCCGUCUGGGCCCUCGUCUGCUUCCUCUUCAACUACCUCAUCAAGCGCCGCGCAAACGCCUGGUGGGGCAAGUACACCAUGACCCUCAGCGCCGCCCUCGACUCGGGCCUGGCCUUUGGCAUCGUCAUUGUCUUCUUCGUCUUUAUAUACCCCGGCUGGAUGAAGGACUUUAGCUGGUGGGGCACCGAGGUCUUCAAGCAAGGCUGCGACUGGCAGGCUUGCUCGUACAGGACGGUCAAGGAGGGCGAGCGUUUUGGGCCUGAAACGUGGUAGACGAAGAAAAGGGAAUGAAAGAAGAAAAAGAGUGGCACAUAAUAAAUGACUUGUAUAGAUAUGGCGAUUUUUCAGGAUACCUGUGUACAGUAUAGAUUUUUAUGUCGAGGAGUUUUUGGAUAUGAACAUGUAUUACAAGCUACCAUUACUGCAAAUGUUGCAAUGAUGAAUACGAUAUAACAAAUGAACUCAC